GGUUUUUUCUUUUCAAUUUUUUUCCAACAAAAAAAGCCAACAAAUCUGGUCUCUCUCCAUCACCUCCAUUGCAGAUAAAGCUACAGUUACAGUCCAACCUCUAAACCAAAGUGACCCUAGCCUCGAGGCUCAGGUCAGGGCGGUGUUGGAAAAAAAGUGGAUCCAACAAUGAACCUAUAACAUUCAGACUUACCUGCCUCUUCCGUUUACUCCACAAAUUUCUUGCUCUCAGACCAUUCAAUCGCAUGGAAACCCUCCAGAUUAGACCACGAAACCUGCAAUCUCUAAAACCCAAAUUCAUGAACACACGCUUUUUAAAACUCGUCAUCAAACCCUUGAACCCUUUUUUAUCCACCCCGAAACCCUUCUGCACUACAAACUCUUCAACCCCUCUUCCUCUAAAAAAGACCGUACUUUCAAGAAACAGAGUAAAGGUUAGGGAAAAAGUAGCCGAUGCUGCCCAACUUAAACAGAAUUGGUUAGACUCUCUCACUUUUCCUUUACCUAACGAGACUGAGACUGAGACUACAAAUUUGGGCGGAGAUGAUUUGACCCGGAAUAAUGCGGGUUCCAAUUGGGUUAUUGGUGUUGACCCUGAUGUUUCCGGUGCUUUGGCACUAUUGAAAAUCGAUGAGUCAGGUUGCUCUGCUCAGGUGUUUGAUUCCCCUCACUUGAAAGUAAUGGUUGGAAAAGGAAUUCGGAAGCGAUUAGAUGUUAAGUCUAUCGUUCAAUUGAUUCGUAGUUUUGAUGCUCCAAUUGGAACUACUGCAUAUGUAGAACAAUCAACCCCAUUCCCACAAGAUGGGAAACAGGGAUGGUGGAGUGGAGGAUUUGGUUAUGGAUUAUGGAUAGGGGUGUUAGUUGCCUCAGGGUUCUCUGUAGUUCCAGUACCAUCUAUGACAUGGAAGAGUGAUCUUGAACUUGCCGGAGGCAGGUGUGCUAAGGAUGAUAGCCGAAGAAUCGCAUCAACAUUAUUUCCAUCAUUGAGUCCCUUACUAGAAAGGAAAAAGGAUCAUGGAAGAGCUGAGGCUUUACUCAUUGCUGCAUAUGGAAAACGCAUGAAGUUGAAGAACUCAUCUUCUGAUGAAUUGCCGUAAAAGUGGCUAAUUGUGUGGCCGCUCACUUCCAUCAGCAGGUGCAGCUUUAUUCCCUGCUGCAUAUAACCAUUUGGAAGAGAAUGGUAAAACAAGUUGCGUGAUGUGAAGACAGAUGGUUGAAGCAGCUUAAAGAAUUUCGCCUGUCAAAUUCUCAAAUCCAGAAGUCCGAAGAAACAUAAAAGCGACAGGAUUCUUGAAGACAUCUGAUAAAUACUAUUCUUGAAGACUGGAAUGACCAUUCUUUUCCGGAGUCAUACAUCCUAUGGGUUAGAAUAAUGGAAAAUCGAAGAUUGAAAAUGAAAAAAAAAUGUUAUUCUUCUUCUCUAUGAGUGAUCCCUGUGGCAAUUCAUUGCAUUUUUGCCGUUUUUAUCUAUAGAAUUUGAUGGCGAAAUUAUAUAUUGGAACUCCAUUGAAUGAUAUUUAUCAAUUGCGAAAUGAUGCCAUAUCACAGA